UUAAACCUAUUUCUUACUCUGAAACUUGAAAGAAGUGUGAUCAGACGGGCGAGGGAGCGUUCUGCAGCCUGGAAAAGUAUUUUUUUUUUUAAAGGAUCUGGAGCUCUAAUGUCCAAAGAUUGUUUUGUCAGCAGAGUUUCAGGAGGACAGGCAUCCGUGUAUCAAAAUGCCGCAGCAGAAGGACAUAGUGAAGAUUGCGAUUCAGAUGCCAGGGGCGUACCCUCAGCUCAUUCAGCUCGAUCAGAAAAAGCCCCUUACUGCAGUGAUAAAGGAAGUGUGUGACAGAUGGAAUCUCCCUGGCCCAGAGAACUACGCCCUUCAGUAUGCGGACGGAGCUCAUACCUACAUCACAGAGUCGAAUCGCUUGGACAUUAAGAACGGCAGCAUUCUUCGGCUGACCAAGGCUCCGGGCCGCUGCGCAGACGAUCUUUUUAAAGGCAUCCAGAGCGUCGACUCAGAUGUUCGCUGCGAGUCCCUGAAGCAGCUGGCCGUCAUCUCCACAGACGUCACCUUUGCUCAGGAGUUCAUCAGCCGAGACGGACACUCGCUGCUCGUCCACAUUGUGGAGGACGCCAACGAGGCACCUCUGAUUAUGACACACACACUCACAGCCUUCAUGGAGCUGAUGGACCAUGGGAUCGUCUCCUGGGAGAACCUCUCCACUGUCUUCAUCAAAAAGAUCGCCGGGUUCGUGAACGCCAAGGCAAUGGACACCUCCAUCCAGCAGGUGUCCCUGGACAUCCUGGAGAGCAUGGUUCUGAGCAGCAGCAGCCUGUUCCAUCAGAUCCGAUUGGAGAUCACACUGGAGAGGCUCAUCUCCCAUCUGCAGGUGUCCAACCAGCAGCUUCAGACCAAAGCCAUGGCUCUCCUGAUGGCCCUGCUGCAGACAGCUGGAGAGGCAGACAGACAGGAUCUGUUUGCUUUCCUGGAGAAGAAGAAUCUUCGCCAGUAUAUUUACAAGAACAUAAUCCACAGCUCGGGUCUGAUUGGAGAUGAAAUGGCUCACUACCUGUACGUGCUGCAGUCGGUGUGUCUGAACCACCUGGAGACGCGGAUGAGGACUGCUCUGGACUCCUUUAAUCAGGAACAGCGGGAUGCUCUACACAGUUUGCGGCAGACCGUAUUCGAGACGGAGAGCGAUGGCAGUCUCAGUAACGAGCGUCGCCGCUCUCUGUGUGCUAAAGAGUUCAAGAAGCUGGGUUUCUCAAACAACAGUAAUCCAGGUCAGGACCUGAGCCGUACUCCUCCCGGGCUUCUCGCUUUGGACACAAUGACCUACUUUGCCUCGCGUUACCCAGACGCCUACAGCAGGUUUGUUUUGGAGAACAGUAGCCGUGAGGAUAAACACGAGUGCCCGUUUGCCCGCAGCAGCAUCCAGCUAACGCUCAUGCUGUGUGAGAUCCUGCGUAUCGGAGAACCACCAUCAGAAACGGGCUCCAACUAUCACCCCAUCUUUUUCGCCCAGGACAGGCUGCUGGAGGAACUUUUCUGCAUCUGUAUCCAGCUCCUCAACAAAACCUGGAAGGAGAUGAGAGCCACGCAGGAGGACUUCGAUAAGGUCAUGCAGGUGGUGCGGGAGCAGAUCACAAGGACUCUGUCCAGUAAACCAACCUCACUGGAGCUCUUUAAGAACAAAGUGAACGCAUUAAACUACAGUGAGAUCCUCAAACUGCGUCAGACAGAGAGACUACACCAGGAGGAGACGCUCGCACCGCCUGUGCUCGAGCUGAAGGAGCGUCUGAAGCCGGAGUUGCUGGAGCUGAUCAGGCAGCAGAGACUGAACCGUCUGUGUCACGGCACUCUGUUUCGCAAAAUCAGCAGCCGCCGGAGACAAGAUAAGCUGUGGUACUGUCGGCUUUCCCCGAACCACAAAGUCCUGCACUAUGGAGACGUGGAGGAGGAGACGGAGACGCCGUCCAUCGAGAGUCUACAGGACAAGAUUCCUGUGGCAGAUAUUAAAGCCCUGCUGACUGGAAAAGACUGUCCUCACAUGAAAGAUAACAAGGGCAAGCAAACCAAGGAGAUGUUGGAUCUGGCAUUCAGUAUUACGUACGAUGUUGAGGAGUACAACCUGAAUUUCGUCGCCUCCUCCAGAACAGACUUUUGCUUGUGGACAGAUGGCCUGAACGUUCUCCUGGGGAAGGAGAUGAGCAGUGAUUCCAUGCGCAGUGAGCUGGAGAUCCUCCUCUCCAUGGAGAUCAAGCUCCGCCUCCUAGACCUUGAGAAUGUCCCCAUCCCAGACUCUGCCCCACCCAUCCCCAAACCGCCCAGCAACUUGAACUUCUGCUAUGACUUCAGCCAAGCGGAGCAGUAAGGCCAGGCGGUGGGGCGGGGCGUGGCGUGGCGUGGCGUGACCUCCUGCUGCUCCACCCGAGAAAGCCGACGGAGGAGAAAAAACAGGAUGGAGCCAAGAGGCAGCGAGGGUGAGGACUGGACUUUGGGAUGAGACUUGACCAGACAGAAAAUCCCAGUGUGGGAUGAUGACUGAAAGAGAUUCUUUUGAGAAACGGUCGAUUUCUAUGCUUAAGGCAUCACGAGGGUGUAUUUUAUAUAAUAUCGAAACCUUUUUUUUUUUUCCACGCCCUUUCCUAAUGGUACUGCACUCAUCUAAUUUCAUCAUCUAAACUUGUUUGAUUUGUAAUUCUUCUUUAAUCUGCCUUAAACUGGACUGCAGGAAGGUACUCGAGUGCCCUAUUUGUGCUGCCAAGGUUCUGUCGUGGGAUUGAGGAAUUACUUGUACGUGGAAAACGUGUGAUUUUACUCAAAUCAACACAGUUUAUCCGUAAACGUCACAGCCUGGAUGUAGCACAGACACAGGAACAUCACGCCUUGAUGCGU